UUAGUAUUAUUUAUAAACAAUAUGAGUAAAGUUAUAAACAAAUUAUACGACUUCAGCAGACGAGGAAUACGAAGACAAAUUCAAUUACAUGAGAGAACUACGGUUGAUGACCCACAGACUCCGUCUACAAAUUCGGUAAUAGACAACUCCCUACCAGUCGAAGUUGAUUCUGAGUCCCAUUGUUUUGCGUCGCGGGAGAGAAACGCCAGUGACGCAGGCGACGCAAUGACGUCGCUCUCGUUGCAGUAUUUAAACAUACGGGAUUCCGACAGCGCAUCAAUUCAAAGAAAUUCAAUCUUAGGUGACGUAGGACCGUUAAGAACAACUAUGGAAGGGGAAAAUCAAUCAGAAAACGAAUCGUUAGCUUGGUGUAGAUUAUUGUACAACAGAAGUUAUUCGUCGUCAACCAAUACUUCGUCUUCGCCCGGAUCAUACGUAACAAGAAAAUCGUCAAGGAUCAGUAAGCGACUAGCAAGAAAGAGCAUCGCGUCAAAAAGACUUCAAAGAUUGAAAAUUGAAGACGAUGACGUUUUUUCGGAUUCCCCUUCAAGUACAGAAAACCACAUUUACACGUCAAUCCACCCUUCGCCCCCGAGUCGUGUUACGCAGCAAAUCGAUUCCGGACAUUGCUCAAACAGUCCGACUGACAGCUGUCGCUCUGAAGGAACUUUUUCAAAGCGAGGUCAACUCAAACUUGUGAUAUGUGGAAGCGAGCGCCGUCUUACGGUUACAGUUUUGGAAUUGAAAGGAUUAGAGCCGAUAUCCAACAGACAAGGAAGAUCGGUUUAUAUAAGGCUUUCUCUGUCUCCUGAUGCAUACGAAAAUGAGAGAUACAAAACUACCGUAAACGAGAUCACUGGACACACUGUAAAUUUCCAUGAGACUUUUACUUUUCAACUACCAAAUGAAACCACAAGUAGGCGACUACUGAUUUCAGCAUGGCAACGAUUCGAACACAGAGAGAACUCCGAAUUCAUUGGUUGUAUGAGUUUCAGCGUCAGAAAGUUGAAAUUUCAGCAGAAGGUUAUACAUGGAUGGUAUCAAUUACUGGGUGAAAUUCUAGGUAGAAGAAAACAUUUGGCAGCAAGGACGAUGCCAGAAAAUAAUACAAAUCAAGGUAUCAGGAAAGCUCACAAAAGAGAUUUAAAACACAGACAUGGCGUCAAUAUGACAAGAAGCAAAUCAACUCUCUGUUCAAAACUGCGGCCUCUGGCAGAACAUCAGCUCAAUGCGAGAGCGAAUGACAACGCUAUUGAUGCUUAUUACAAGAAUCUUUUCAAUUUUGAUGGUUCACCUAAAGAAACAAAAAGACCGCUCAGGAGAGUGACAGGCCAAGAAAACGAAAACGUGAGGAGCCAACAACGAGACGUAAACGUUGUACGUCGCAAGAAAGAGAUUCGUACAAGAAACAGUCCAGCUUUACGUAGAUAUCUUUCAGAAACUGGGAGAAACGAGAGAAACAGGAAGAGGGAAAAUUCUAUCGCCCCUGUUUCCCGCCCAUCACACCAGAGCCGGACACCCAAACGAAGAGGCGCUAGAGACCUGUCAAAUUCACCAAAUUUUGUAAUGGGUCCCGCUUUUGUCAGAUCUCACCGUACAAAAUCAGCGAGAAUAAUUUCUAAACGCCAAUCCGAACUGAAACUCAAGCCUAGAGACCAACAAGCAGAAAGUAACAACAGCACCUUUCGAAUUCUAUACUCCGAUGAACUCGAAUGCCAAUCUUCGUCCAGCAAUUUUCGUCCAAUUUCAAUUUCCAGUCAAGAUGACGUCAGCAGUACGUCAACACAGGAUUUAAAAACGUUGAAAACUGUUACCCAACUUGAACCUGUAAAUUGCAAAACAGAAAAAAUUAUUGGUAAUGUUUCUGGAUAUCUGAGCAUUCCAAGAAAAGAAGAAUCGAGUCAAAGCGAUAAUAUGCCUGCAAUUCAGUCGGACAUGAUGUAUGUUGAUCCCGCUACUUUGGAAUUUGAUUCUGCAAUGUUGGAACAUGGACUCACCUUGUCUAGAACGGGAAGAGUUCGAGCAAAAAAGCAACACCUAAGAAUGGCGGCUUAUUUGGAGUCACAAAAGGCAGCAAACGCUACAGAUGACGAAAGAGAAUAUCUCAACCUAUCUAACACUGACUUGGAAACUGAAAACAACAAUAAUAUCGAAACGCGCAGGUGGAAGAGAAUAUCUACCAAGGUCGACGAGGACCGAGGUUACUGUAGUGAACCCGAAUUUGACGAAGACGAAGUUGUUGAAUUAUUUAAAGUUCAGAAAAAUUCGAACGAGAUGGCUCCCGUUUUUUCACCUCCUCCGACUAUACUUCAUUCCACACACACCAUGCUGGAAAAGUUUGAUCAUCUUGAUAACUUGGAUACACUCAAAACCCAAGUUGAACUUUUAACAUUGAACGAUGUGUCACGUGCACCCCAUGGUGACGACACAAUGCCCAAAAAACGAAGACGACCAUCGUUCCUGAUCGCUCUUCUACAACCAUUCAGAGGAAAUGCAGAGAAGUCAUUCAUGGAUGCAACUUUUUCAAACAAGAUUAAAUCAACCUCAUUUGACGACAUCGCCGCUGAUCUUAUUCCUCUAUUGGAGAAAUCGUCUCCCUGUUGCCAGAAAAUUCCUUUCAUUACUCCUCAAGAUACCGCAAAUUUCUUUUCAAAAUCUCAACCAAUAUUUGGCUCAUCCCAAAGUUUGUGUUCGGAACGAAGUUAUCGCAUUCGACGGGAAAAAUCAGCAAUGGAACGUUUCCGCAAAAUGAGAAAGAAUAAGUUUUUCAAAACGAAAAUUUCAUCGUCUAGUGAUGAAGAUAGUAAAAACUUAAUAACUGAAAUCGCAAUCGAAAUAGAAUCUCCAAGAAAACAGCGUUCAAAUUCGGCGAAUGAAGAAUCAACUCGUAUGCAUAUGGAGGCCGCAAAUGUCUCACCUACUUCAAUGACAUUGAAUCGACUACCGAGAUCGAGAAAGUUGGGAGACGAAGCCGGAAGUUAUGUUCAUAUCACGAGAAGAAAUAUGGAAUGUAAAUCAGCUGAUAUUUAUUCCCUGAGAGAUAAUUCAUCGAAAAAUCAUACCAAUGACGAUUCAGAAGAAGUCAAUAGGAAAAGUAAUGCAUUGGGAACUCUUAUGACUUGGUUCCAGAGGAAGUCACCAGAAAGCAGAGACUCUUCCCCGUUUGGACACAGGAGUGCCAGCAUUUCUGGAAGACCUUCGUCAACGUUGUCGCGAAGAUCGAGAUCUUUCUCACGGAAUGACACAUUGUCAGUCAAUAGAGAAAAGAGAGCUGAUUCAGAUGAAACUGGUGAUGUUGUACUGAGAAGAAAUUCUUUUACAAGUGGAAGAAGAUCAAUGUCAAAAAGAUCAUUUCGCCAAUCUAAACGAUCGAUAAUGGACGAAAAUGCGAAACCCGCUGAUAUGACCUUAGAAGAAAUGAUGAAAAAUAAAGUUGCAAUGCAGGCUUUCCGUGACUACCUAAAAUCAGAAUACAGUGAGGAGAAUUUAGAUUUCUGGCUAGAUUGUGAAGCAUACAAAACAAUGAAGUCAUCAAAGCAAAUGAAAAUGGCGUUUAAAAUUUUUUCCCAAUAUCUCGCCAGAUCUGCUCCAAGAGAGAUCAACAUUGAUUUUGAAACUCGGGCUAGAACAGAGGAGAGGCUGAAAAAUCCGGAUAAAGAAACGUUCGUUGAACCACAAAACUGUAUUUACAGCUUAAUGAAAUGCGAUUCAUUCCGUAGAUUUCUCGCUUCGGAAAAAUUUUCAAAGCUACAGCCGCUUAUUUCGAGCGACAAAAACGGCUUUGAAAAUCGUAUGAAUACGCUAAAAAUCGGUUUAUGAAUGGAUCAAAAAAGAAGAAACCGUCACGUUAAAUGACGCUUUCCACUAAAUACCAUGACAGAGACAUGGUCGAGAACAUUGCUGAGAAAGUAUGUUGCCGGAAGUAACUGCAAGACAAAGCAGUAAAGGCUGAUACACAUGUAUUUGUGUAAGAGUCAGUGAGGUAUGAUCAAAACUGUCAGCAAAACUAUUUUAAAUAUGCUUGCCAAACUGCUUUUGAAUGACUACCGGGCAGGAAUCUGAAGUAGCAAUUUUGCAAAAUUGCAUCUUUCGUUAAAUGCAAUUUUCGCAACCUCAUCGAAUUGUAUAGGCCAAGGUGUUUUGCCAAAUCUGGCCACUUCUAACAUUUUUAUUUAUAUAUUUCUCUUGCAUAGCUGUCCACUGUGUUUUAUUAUUAUUUUUGUCUCCCGCAAACAGUCAUGCUAAACAAUUCAGUAUGGGAUCAAAAUUUCCAUUUAUGUGUAAAAAGAAGACGCAUUACUCAGUCGUGCGUGGAAUUGAAAUUUAUGUGAAAUUGCACCACUUUAGGAAAAUAAUAUUGUACCAUACUCGAUUCAUUCGAAUUUGAAUUCCUGCAAUUUUUCAAAAAUGCAAAAUUGCUGCAGAAAAUCAAAACUCAAAUAUUUCGCACGGUUGCAUGUUUUAAAACUUUUCGUCCGUCGACAUGAAAAUCGAAACCGCACAUUUAUAAAAGUGACUAAAAAUUAUUUAUCGCAAGCAAAAAAUUCCGUGCUCAAUUUGCAUUGUUUUUACAACUCGUAGAGCGGCAAGUUGUUUUCGGAAAUCAUCAAAAUUGAUCGAUUACUGUUCAGUUCAUAUGUUAUAUUAUAUUGACCAGUUCAAAUUUUUUUAAAAAUAAUUAUUAUUUGAAAUCAAGCAUGAAAAUCCUUGCUAGAAUUGUUUCUUAUUCACCUCACAUAUAGUCAUUCGUGCUUUUGUCCAACAUUGCGUUUAUACGUUAUCAAUAUUUCCAUUUGCAUUACUCGAAACUCAUUUAUCGCAUCGGGAGGUCUGUGUGAAAUUAUUUGUUAUAUGACCCAUGAUCGAUGACGUAACAAUACCAUCAUGACGUUUUACCAGCGACUGAUAUUUUUGACGAUUUAACACAUAUCACUGCCGAUUAUCAUCGCAACUUUUUUGCUUUAUUUUUGUUUAUUAUAUUAUUUACUUUGUAUUUUCUCCAUUUUCAGAUAUUUUAUUUAAAUUUCGUUCCAAAAACUUAUUUAUAUAAAUAAAACAACCCUUACAUUG